AUUUAUAUAAUCAAAAUCAAACAAACAAACACCCUUGUUUAUCCUUUAAAUCCUAAACCCUACACCUGAGUCUAACCUUUCCAGAGACAAACUUGAGAAAGCAAAACCAUUAACCAUGGACAUGGAUAGGAUCAGUUUGUUACCGAACUCUAUCCUUUGCGACAUUCUCUCAUACCUUCCCACAAAACAAGCUGUAUCCACCAGCAUCCUCUCUCACAGGUGGCGCCAUGUUUGGAAGGAUCUUCAAGUCCUUGACAUAGAGGAUAUACCCUUUUGGUCUCAUCGAAAAUGGGAAGAAGAUCGAAUUGAUUCAUGUGUGAAUGCUAUUCUAUCUCAGCGCAAUGCAGAUUACCCCAUCCAAAAGUUUCGCCUCACUUCCUAUAAAAAUUCAGAGGAUCUCAUCUUACCAAGGCUUGAUGCGCAUAUCAUGUUAGCAUGGCUUGAUGAGGAUCUCAUCUUACCAUGGCUCGAUGCCGUCAUUGGUCCCCAUCUCCACGAAUUCUAUCUCUGCAUUGAUUUAAGGAGGAAUAUCAAGUUGCCUGAAUCCAUAUUCACUUGUGUAUCACUCAAGUCCCUUGUUUUGAAACGUGAUAUUUAUUUGAAUUAUUAUCCAGAGUUUCCAAAUGUUUAUCUGCCAUCUCUCAAGAACCUAGAGUUGGAUUUCCUCUCUGUGAACCCCAGCAAGCUUUUAUCCGGCUGCCCUGUUCUUGAAAUUCUUAAGCUCACUCUACGGAACACGACCCGAGAAGGUUUUCAUGUUCAUGAACCUACAAUCCAGAUGCCUCGCACAUUGAAAAGUUUAACCUUUGAAGAUUACACUAGCUUCAUGGAAAAGAUCGACGUUCGGGAAAUAUACACUCCAUUUCUUGAAUACCUGCAUAUCAGAACGGAGGCCUGGGCGAACCCUGGGCUACAGGUAUCAGUUAUCAAUUUUCCCAACAUGGUGGAGGCACAUCUUGAUAUUUUUCAUGAACGUGUUGAGCAUGGGGCUUGGGUGCUCGAGCUUUUCCAGGCACUCCGCGAAACAAAAUUGUUGGCAUUGAAAUAUGAAACAACACAGUGCUUAUUCAGUGCUCCUGCGUUCGAGUUUCCAGAAUUUCUCCGUUUGCUCAAGCUAGAGGUUGAUCUUCCAUGUUUCAACACAAACUUCUUCCUAAACUUCCUUCAUAAUUGUCAUGUACUUGAAGCUCUCGUAAUUCAUAUUUUGGGAUAUUAUUCUCACCCUUAUAAUGGGCCAACACCACCAACCACGGUUCCCAAUUGUGUGACAUCAUGUCUCAAGAGUUUUGAGUUUAGAGAAUAUCAAGAUUCUGCAAAUGAGCAUGAGUUUAUUGCAUAUCUUUUACAAAGAGGACUUGUUUUGAAUACAGUGACAAUUCAUCUUAAAUCUAAUUUGGACCAAGAGACAAAGUGCAAUAUUGUGAGGGGAUUAUCUGCUAUACCGAGGGGUUCUACAAUAUGUCAGCUAACUUUCAUUGACGAAAAUCCUAUUUAACAUGGUUGAUGGCAACUCCUACUCUCUGGGCAACUGCCAAACAUUUACUUGUUUUACGGUUUAUGUUCACAAAACAUGUUGGCUGCUUUUUGACAAUGUCGCUAGAUUAAAGCACUAUUUGUGCAUCAAUUUCUGUUUUUGAAGGUAGCUGGGAAGUGAAAGUUAAGACUAAGUUAUCCCCUGCAUAUUAUUAUACUUUGUACUCCAUGGAUGCUAUCUACGGUUCAAUGUUUCUAUAUUUCUAAGUUGGAUAACUUUUUGUGAUGCGUAAUAAUAUCCAUGGUUAAUUAGGACUAAAUGCCAUGAUUUUGCAGAAAUGUGAUUUUUCUGACAUUGAAUUGAUGAAUUGUAUAGCACAAACAGCAAUUUUG